GAUCCCCAUCGAUAGUUACGGCAUCGUCUUAUUCUUUUCGUCGUCGUCUUCAUCUCCGUAGAAUUGGAUUCGGUCUCCCUAGGGCCUGCUAUUCGGACCAAUUAUCUGGCAAACACUGCAACGCUAUUCUAGUUAAUCGAUUUCUGGUUUCAGUCUCAACCUCUGCUACCCAGAAAAAUGGCUACGUUGAAUUCAAUUUCUGCGGCUCUAAAACUCAUUGACGCAAAGAAAGAAAACCUUAAGAAAGCGUACGAUGAGCUCCAAACUCAAUAUUCUCUUCUCUUCUCCACCUCCCGUCUCUCCUGGUCUGACAUUGAUUCCCAUUUUACCUCAAUCCAAAAUUCUCUCACUCAACGUUUUCAGCAUCUCGAAUCCCUUGAAACCCGGCAAUGCGACCCUCAAUUGGGACUUACUACCCAAUCAAUUCCCGUUUCUUCUUCACCAUUGACUAAUCAAAACCCAAAGAUUGAAGAUUGUCCCUCGGUUCCUAAUGACCCACCCUCAUCUUCAAACCCUUCGACCAAGAAUGUAACUGAUUUAAUUGCCGAAAAGACUGUAGUAUUGGAUGCAGUGGCGCCUAGGCGCGAGUUGGUUGCAUUUUGUGAGAAGAUGGAUGGCAAGGGGUUGAGGAAGUACGUUAUUGAGCAUUUUAGAAGAGGUAGUGGUCUUGAAGAUGAGCUUCCUGGUGCCUUACGGUGUGCUCCAGACCCAGCGGCAAUGGUUCUGGAUUCAUUGGAUGGGUUCUGUGGGGCUAAUGGCAUGAAGAAUGCGGAAAUACGGAGGAUCAGGACAUGUUGCUCACUCUUCUUGGGAAAGUUGAGGGCUAUAUCUCCAAAGAUUGAAUUCAACGCGAGAGAAAAAGCUAGGAAGUUGGCGUCAGAGUGGAAAUGGAAGUUCAUGACUGACGAUCGUGCAGACGCAACGGGGGCCUCGGCUUAUUUGCAUCUUGUGUUGACCUAUGGUUUGGUUUCAGAAGUCAGCAUGGAUGACCUUGUUGAAAUUUCCGCAAUGGCUGCGAGCAAUAAAGAAGUUCCCGAGCUCUGCCGAAUUAUGGGGUUGGUUGAUAAAGUUCCCGAUCUUGUUCAGAAACUUGUGGGUAGGGGCAAAUAUGUUUUGGCUGUCAAGUAUGUUAUGGAGUUUAACCUUGCUGAUAAGAUCCCACCAGUACCCAUUUUGAGAGCUUGUGUGAAUGACUCUGAGAAACUUGCUAAAAGAAUUCUCGAAGAAGGGAAGCCUCCAGCUGAGGCCACAUCUAGAGAAAUACAUAAACUGAGAUCUGUAAUUAAGGCUAUCCAGAGCCACAAACUUGAAUCUGAAUAUCCAAUAUCAGGCCUUGAGCAGCGGAUAGAACUACUGGAAAAGGAGGGUAAAAAACGACCUGCAUAUGCUCUUGCUGCAAAGCCUCAACCUCAGUCUCAACAGCAUCAGCAACAACAACAACAGCAACAUCAAAAGAAAAAUAUCAAGAGCCAGGAGCGGAAGCAACAUAAUGGAAACAAGCUUCCUCGAGUAUCUGUUCCAGCUGUCCAGCAGAAUGCUGGUAGUGCCAGUUCAGCAUUACACCAGUACCAACUGCCUUUUGUUCAUUCAACAGGUUUGUUGACAAAACAUCAGGAUUCAUGCUUGAGCUCACAAGCCACGCCAUACAGCAUGGUGGGACCAACCCCCACCAUUUCACCUUAUACGGGUCCUUCAGCUGGGUCUUAUGAUUUUGCCAGUGUCCCUAUGGGUUCCAGUGGAAACCCCAGUCAAGUUGGUUCUCAUCCAUACUCAUCAGAGCCAAAUUUUCCAUCUGGUUAUUAUGAUAGAAUCACUGCUUAUAGUGGUCUUCCACAUUAUUACCGUUCAUCUUACUAUCCUCAAUAGUUCAAGAAACUGAACCUGUUUUCAACACUGAACUCUUGGGGUGAUAUUAUACUAUUUUAGUUUCUCCGGGGCUUAGCACUGCUGGUUUCUGGUUAUCAAAAGCGUAUUAUGCUUCUUUAAUCACUAUGAUUGUAGGAUAGGAACUAGGUUCAGUAGAUACGAAUUGUGAGGGGAUAUUUAGGUUUAUGCUUUUGAUUGCUUGAUCGGUUUGUAUCUGUGAGAUUACUUUUAGGUUAAACAUGAUAUUCAAGCCUACUUUGCUUUCUUCUGUU